GAAGACAUGAGCAAUUUAUACUUGAGAUUUGGGCUCCUUCUGGUCUGGGGAAUUUUCCAAUCCAUUCAGACUGGCGAAGGAGGAUGCCCCAAUCCUGACCCAGUGGAGUUUGCCAAGAUCUUUGUUAAGGAGUAUGUGGUGGGCACAGUUGUGAAUUACAAAUGUGAACCAGGCUACAAAAGGAGAGCUGGCACAGUCGACCAACUCAGAUGCAUAAAUAAGACUGAUAAGGUCCAGUGGUCACCAGAGUUGAAGGAUUUCCUACAGUGCAUAGUUUAUCCUAUGAAGGUUGGCUCACCUUCGGAGCAGCCCGCAACGAAAAAGCUGGAGGGGAUUUCCCAUGGCCCGCAAGCCACAGCUCAGCCAGUUAUGAAAGGCUUCUGUGAUGUCCCAAAAACCCCUGAACAUGCCACGGUCACAAACACAAAGUACCAGGUGGGGCAGAAAGUGUGGUACCAAUGCCUGGAUGGAUACCAAGCUCAGCCUCCCAUCUCUGCCAUUCUCACAUGUCAGAAUUCUAGAGGAAAUGUUUUCUGGUCCGGCUUAACUCUACGGUGCAGAAAUGACAGUACGGUUGCAGAAGAGGCCACCGUCCAGCACAUGGCUGCAGUUGAAUCAGAAGUCCUCCACAGUUUUGCAUCUGCGAUUUUUCCAGCCACAGCAGCUGCUGUUGUUAUCACAGUGAUGGUCGUCAUAGGAUGAGGACUCAGCAUAAGGAGUCUGUGGGUAAAGAAAACAUCUGAAGACAAUGGAAAGGUUUCAAGACCGAUCGGAUUAUAUCAACAUUAGCAGAAUAGAAAAUAUAAAUGUAACACAAGGAAAUUGACUGAGCUGCAUCCUGACAUAUGAAGGAGGCAUUAAUGUUUUUACCCUAUUAGCAGCAUAUGUUGUGGAAUAAUCUCUGUGGAACAGAGAGAAAUGAAUUUAUAAGCAUGUUGAGAUCUCUCUCAGAAGUCCUGUUUCAUGUCUUUAAGUACUAAGGAAGGUGAUACUUUUCUGUAGCAGCAUCAAAGCUGUGAAAUUCCCUCCCUCGGGAAGUUCACCUUGUUCCGCCUUUAUUGGCUUUUAGACACCACACCAAAGGAGGCCUAUUCUAGAAGGCUUCUGGGUUGCCCUGAUGAUCUUUUUUGUUGUUGUUCUGCUGCUCUGAUUAAUAUGGCUACUAGUAAGUUUUUAUAGAGAGCUUUUAAAAUGUGGUAUGUGAUACAUUUUUCUGUUGUUUUUAAUGUGUUAGUUGCCUUUUCAUCAAAAGGCAGGUUAUAAAUAUUUUUUAUUUUAUUUUUUAAACACCAAAUGAAUAGAUAAUGUAAGUAAACAUGUAACCUAUAAGAUUUUUCGGGGGGGAUAUACUGAGGAUAUAAUACCACUCAGUAGGCAAGAGCUAGUCUACAGUUUGAUUUUUGCAGCAUGGAUUGAAGCGGUCAGUGUUCAUGCCGGGUUCAUGGCAGCCGUCUUCGGCCAGGUGAGUUUAUUGGCCUUCCUUAGCAGCUGUGGGGUGGGGGGGCAGCUGUGCUGCUGGUGACCAGUGUUACUUCUAACAGGGAUUCCCAGAUGUUGUUGACUAUGACUCCCAGAAUCCCCAAGCAAAAGCCAUUGCAGCUGAGGAUUGUGGGAGUUGUGGUCAAUAACAUCUGGGAAUCCCUGUUAGAGGGAACACUGCUGGCGCGACUGCCAUCUUUUUCACCAGGGUCUCAGAAGUCAGCUAUGGAUCCUUUGAGAGCUAAUGCCCAAGUUGUCCAGCUGCUGACACCAGGCCUGGAAGUAGCAAACAAAUAGGAAAAUGGUUGUGGACUCUAUAUAGGGAAGAAUAGCCUCUAGGGCUGCCUUAUGGAAAAGAGGACAGGUCUCCUGCACCUCCUGAAACUCCCUCUUCUGCAGCACAGGACAGGGAUUUUCAGCAGGUGCAUCUCUUAAAGAUAUUAUUAUUGUUAUUAUUAUUACAUUUAUAUCCCACUGUUCCUCCAAGGAGCCCAGAGCGGUGUACUACAUACUUGAGUUUCUCUUUCACAACAACCCUGUGAAGUAGGUUAGUCUGAGAGAGAAGUGACUGGCCCAGAGUCACCCAGCUAGUUUCAUGGCUGAAUAGGGAUUUGAACUCGGGUCUCCCCGGUCCUAGUCCAGCACUCUAACCACUACACCACGCUGGCUUGAGGCCUGUCCUCUUUUCCGUAUGGCAAGCCCUAAAUACAAACACUGAAUCCGCACAUUUAAUCAGAUUCAAGGAAUUUAGGGAGAGAGCAUAUGUAUUCAGAAUAUUUGUUAUGUUGGAAUUUCUUUGUUAGUUUCUGGAAUGCUUAUUGUAACCAAAGCAUAGUAAAGAAUAUUAUCAGGUUUGGAGAAGUUACAUGUCUGUACUGCAGUUUAUAAGUAAAGGUUGAGUGUUAAUCUAUGUAUUCAUUAUCUUGUCAGA